AUGAACAGCAACCCGCCCAUCCCGAUCAGACCGCUGUGCCGCACUCGCAGACGCUCGUCGUCCCUGUCCGCCAUCUCAGAGUGCCUCUCCUCCCCCGACCUCAGCUCCUCCGCGACCCUCCAGUGGACCGCUCACCGCUCACACAGCAAGACCGGCGGCGGGAAGCGCCUCAAGAGGACAAAGACCUGUGCUACUCGAGCCGGUCUCUCGUCGCCUUUGAAGCAGGCCAGCCAGUCCCUGUCCGCCUCGCCCGACGACCAGGCAUGUCCGCUCGCCUGGACAGAGCCGUCACCGUUCGCCGUCCCCUCCCAGCCCUCCCUCUUCGCCCUCCCCGCUCGCGCUAGUGCGGAUGGCGCUAUCGCUGCCGCCGGCGCAUUCACCUCGUCCGCGACCGACUUUGCACUCCCAGCGACGAUGAUGCGCAUCCGCAACGCGUCGAGCGACUCGUCCUCGACGCCCGACCAGCUCUCGUUCGACGACUCGUCUGCCUCGUCGACCCCGACGACGCAUUCGCCUUCGACUUCCCCGCCCAACUACUCCCUCGCAUCCGCAUCGACGUCCCCUCAUUCUCCCUCCUCGUCCCUCCUCUUCUCUUCCGCCGCCUUCCGGACUCGUACCGCCUCCGCUCCCGCUUCGACUCCCAUGUCGCUGGACUCGUCGACCCCCAUCCCUCCCGUCCCGACCGUCGACCCUUCGACUUUUGACGAAGCAGCGCGCCUGCAUCACGUCGCUUUCGAGCAGCUUCGCUCGGCGACGAGGGAAGAGGAGGAAGGGUUCGUCGAGCGUAUGAGGCGGUGGGAGCGCGAACGCGAGGCACGGCGAGAACUCUUCGGCGACGAAGACAACGUCGUCAUGGAGAGUGACGAUGUCGCACGCGAGUCGAGCGACGAGGAGGACGACCGCGAGACGGAAGACGAGGAGGACGACGACCUCGAAGUCCAGCUCGACUUCCUCUCGCCUCGACUCGGCGGCGGGGCGCAGGCGCACCUCCCGCCCGUCUCCCAGUGCGAACUGGAUGACCUCGCCAGGCGAUUGCAUACAGGCGCAUGCGAGAUCGAGGACUUUGCGCUUGUGCGGGACGUGCAGGCUCAGGCGCAGGCGCAGGCUCAGGCAGCUGCUCCUUCGACCGCAUGGGCGUGA